GAAACUCCCGAGACGGGCUCUUCCCAAAGACGUGUGACCCAACGCGCGUAUGAUUUUCCGAACAGGUUUUUUCCGACUGCUAAAUGCAUUCGCGGGUAGAACUCUUCGACAAGCACCCACUGCAACAGAUGCGAAGAUGCUUUUUUCUUUCCGUGAGCACUUCACACUGGUAGCCGGCACGGGAUGGUAAACCCGACCGCAUACAGUGUCCAACAAACGCCGCUCACUAAACAUUUCUUGGACGGCACUUUUUUGUUGUUAUGGUGGUCUUGCAACAACAUUAACAGAAUGGUUUCACAACAGUGGCUAUUUUAGUGUGAUUAUUAUGCCGUUAUCGACUUAUGGACUAUUAUUAUAAUGAAAGCCGAAGCCGAGUUGCUGCAGGACACCCUGACAUGUGGCUCCUGUCAGAAAGUUUUCGUCCUGUCCGAAAUAGUCAAGUUCAUUCAGCACAAGGUUCACAGUUGCAACAAAGAGAACAAUUUCAUUAUUCUCGAGGAUGGCGGACAGCCGGACUUCGACAGCGACGACAAGGAGGACCCACCAGGGCCCCUCAUUGCCACUUCCAAGGGACCACCAAGUAUCUCGGCCCCCAUCUGCAACAGAAAGGGCCUUCACCACCAACAUCAUCAUUUGCACAGAAACAGAAACAGGCUGGAGAAGAGCAGCCCUCUCCCAAACAGCCUGAAGUUCAGUGGCGAAGAUGGGGACCCCCAGGACAAGGGGCCCCUGGACUUGGACCUUUACGACAAAAAGGACUAUGAGGACGUCAAAAAGAAGGAAAUACCGGUGAUCAAGGAGGAGGUGAAAGAUCCGUCUCUAAGAUGUAGUCCUAAGUCAAUGGUCAAUGCGUACACGAACACGAUAAUUACUGAACCCAGUACAUAUACGUGCAGUACGUGUAAGCAGACCUUCACAUCAGCGUGGGUGUUGGUGCAACAUGCCCAACAUAUGCAUGGAAUGAAGAUAUACUUAGUGACUCCCUAUCAUGGAAGCCGGAGCUCAUCCACCUCUUCUGCGAAUGCACUACCUCCUGCAGGGCCUCCACCAUCCCUCAUCAACAGCAGUGGCAGUCUAGGGAUUCCCUUACCACCGGUGUUACCUCCAUGUUCUUCGAUGAACGGACCCAGUCAUCAUCCCCACGCUCAUCAUCACAGCGUCUUACCUCAGCAGGCACUAUCUUUGGAGAAUCAUCCAGCUCUUCAGCUGCUGAGGAUGCCACUGGGAGAAAGGCAGUUCCCUCCCACUUCGCUCAACGCCCCUGGUAUGUUUGCACGGCCCUCUAGUCAAGACUUCCGCGUUGACAUGUUAGCGACGUCUUCUUCCACUAGCGGAAAUAACUCGGAAAAUAGUCAACAGUUUCACCGAAUCAAUCAUCACCCGUCACACAUACCACCUCACAAUGCUCCUUCCUUACCUGGAUUAGGAAUUGGAAGCUUUGACCCCCACAAUCCGUUCAUCGACAGGGGACCUCUGGGUAUAGACACCCGACCCAGACCACCCCCAAUGAGCUUAGGCUUUGAGCCACAAAUGGACUUUUACUCGCAAAGACUGAGGCAAUUAGCGGGAGCCACCAGUCCUACUGCAACGUCGGCUUCACCCCGGAAGCCCUCCCCACCUUUCACUCAUCCUCCAAUGUCUUCCUCUUCUCAGCCUUCCACUCCCACUUCUACGCCUCAACCAGUGCUAAACCUUCACAGUUCCGCCAGUGGAAAUGGCACUCCAAGUCACCAGCACAACAGCACAAACAACAACCCAGCUCACAGAGGAUCUUCUGCAUCUUCCACUAGCAGUAAAGGUGGCGGAGUCACGGAUGCAGCAGAAGGCUCCCCUAAAUUGCUCAAAUCCUGGUCAUGCGAGUUUUGUGGCAAAGCCUUCAGGUUCGAAAGCAAUCUCAUAGUUCACAGACGAUCUCAUACCGGUGAAAAACCUUACAAAUGUCCGAUUUGUACACACUCCUGUAGUCAAGCAAGUAAGUUGAAGAGGCACAUGAAGACUCAUCAGAACAGCAAUGGCAAGUCUGCAAACGGUUCCGAAAAUAACAGUCUGGCGUCGCCAAGAUCUACACCAGAUUCUACAUCCGAAACCGGCAAAGACUUGUCUAGCAACAGACCCCGCAGUCUCGACGAGGAUGAAGACGGUUCUGAUGGACAGACUGCUGACAACGAGGAAGAAGAGGAAGAUUUGGACGAUGAAGACGAAGAGGAAGAAGAUGAACUAGAUGAUGAAGAAGAUCUUGACGAUAGUAUGAUGGCAGAAGAUCUCAGUACCAGAGGACCAAACAGUUCAACGCCUGUUCCUAGAGGGUCACCUAAUUCUGAUCAGAACAAAACUCCUAAAAUUUCUGAUGACGUGGCAACGAAUAACGACAAUAAUAGUAGUAAUACUAUCAGCGUUAGUAAUGGCGAAAACGGAAAUAACAAUGAAGAAAAGGAAAGUUCUAAACCGGAGACCCGACAUUCGUUACUUAGCGAGGUGAUGGACAAGAUAGGGCUGAGUAAUAUUCAGCAAUACAAUGAAGCUUAUAAAAAAGCACUAGAAGAGAGUUCUUUAAAAAAUUCCUUAAAAGAAGAUACUGAAACCUCAAAUCGAGAUCGAUCAUCGGUGACUGAAAAUGGUCCCGAGAGGCCGAAUAUUCGAGAAGAUACUAAUAGCAAUACAACCAAGCAUGGUAGUAACAAUAAUAAUAAAGCCCUCGUUCUCCAUCAACACUCCAUGGAAUUCGGUCACGGUUUCUUUGGUGCCUUCGAUUAUAAUCAUCACCAUCACCAUAAUGCGUUCGAGGCAAGUAAACGUCUGAAAUUGGAUAUAGCGGAUCAUCUGAGGAACAGCAAUGAUCGGGAUUCUUUGUAUGCUGGACUUUGGUUGCCCUCUGUCCACGGUUCUUCGCAUAGAGAUGUUUACGAUAUGGCCGAUCUAUCUCGCCACAACAAAUCUUCCUCUUCUGAAAGUGCCUUGAAGUCUGUCACUCCCACCAACAUGUGUAACAGAUCGAUGAGUCCUCGUCCCGGGACCAGUGGGGGCACUCCAUCAGUGACGCCUAUGCCCGGUCUUCUUGUUAACUCUUCAAAAAGUAGCAACAGCACGAAAGAGCAACGUCGCAACGAUACCUGCGAAUUCUGCGGGAAAGUGUUCAAAAACUGCAGUAACCUCACCGUGCACCGACGAUCACACACGGGUGAAAAACCGUACAAAUGUGAACUGUGCAGCUAUGCCUGCGCCCAGAGCUCUAAACUAACUCGACAUAUGAAGACGCAUGGUCGUCUAGGUAAAGACGUUUAUCGCUGUCGAUUCUGCGACAUGCCCUUCUCAGUACCAAGCACUUUAGAGAAACAUAUGAGGAAGUGCGUGGUUAACCAAAAUGCAACAGGUGUGACUUACAUGGAUCGAGACUCUGACUCUAAAGAUCUCACGUGAGACUUAUGUAAUAAUCUCAAACUCUGAAAGAAUUUACUGAACCUAAAGUUUUAUUUUUCAAUUGCUGUGUGACGUGGUCAUUUUUCUUUUCAGCAGAGACCUUCUAUCUGGUCUCGCAACUCGAACAAUUCUUGUACUGGCCCGAACUGUGAAGAUAGAACUAGGGCGUAUUCGUGUGUGCAUGUGUUCUUUGUGUGUUGGUUUUAAACCUGGAUCACACACUAUCCUAUAAAUAUUUAAAUAAAAAAAGAGAAAUACGAAUAAACAAGCCUUCCCUCACUGUUGUAUAAUGAUCACGUGUUACAUUUUUUCUAUGUGUGACUGAAACUCAACUUUUAAAGUAAUGAGUUUUUAGUUGUAUCAGAAAAAAGUUUGAGAAUUUGUUAGGUAUAGAUAUAGAAUGUUUUUGAAGUGUCUUUUUAGCGUUUUGAUAUAAAAUAAAUGAGAUGAUAGGUUGCCAAAUUGCUGUGGAAAUAUUUUUCAUUACAUGCUUUGUUUUUAUUUUGUGCUAUGGACCAAGCUGCUUUUUAACUUUAGUAUAUCAUCUAAUUAACAUAACAUCGACAGCUAAACAUCUGUGGUGAUAAUAUUUGCCAUAGAUGCUUUUUAAAGUACCUCAUAACAAAUUAUUUGUAGAUAAAA